AUGUGGAAAUUUCUCAAAUAUGCCGUAAGAGAAACCAAGCCCUUAAAAGAGGGGGCGGCGGCUCUGUUUCUAUUUCACAAUGUUCUUGCUCUGACGCCCCUGGAGUCGCUCUCUACCAAUGGAUACAAGCCUGCUAUUCCCAACCCCACUGGCAAGAGAUUCGCAUUAGUCAAUGGCGCGAACUUCACUUUUGACGAAGGCAGCGGCUUCAUCACUGGGAUCACUGUCUUUUGGAAUUUCCUCGACCUGACAACUGGCGAUAUCUCGACAUGGUAUCUUGGCUCUGAGAUCUCAGAGGUUGUCUUCGUUGGCCCCAGGUGUACUAGUAUCCUCUACAUCAAUGGCUCACAGGCAGAAAUCGACGGCACGACACUACCUGCGCCAUACGCUGGCCUCAAGGCUGUGAAAGCAGCCGACGGUAGCAUAAACUUCUUACUGUACUCCAAGGCCAAUCCAGAUGGGUCAGCCUACAAUCCAAUGCAUGUUGUUGACCCCGUCUCGGUAGGUGGGAGCAGCGGCAGGAUCUACAAUAGCAGCUACGUCCGUGUUUGGAAUCACUGGAUCGCACCUCAACGAAACGCCGUCUUCGGUGGUACCUUGAAGCUGGUAAAUGGAACCUAUAGCCUCGAUGGCGAGCUCACCAACUACGUUUCGGGGAUUUGCGACAUUAACCGUGCCGAAAGCCCGCGGGAUUCUGGCUCAGCUGACCUCAACGAUUAUGAUCUUGCGCCUGACGGUACUCUAGUGGCAUUCAACACCAAGGAUAUCUACCUCCCUCUCGCAAAUUACUCAAGCUCCCAAGUUUAUGUAGUUCCAUUUAAUGGUACGGCGGCUGACGCGGUCCCAGUAAACCCACGCGAUGCGUCAGCAUACCCUGAGGCGCAGGGCUUGUCGUCGUCUCCUAAGUUCUCUCCGGAUGGCUCGAAGCUUCUCUAUACCCAGAUGAACAGCAUCACGAAUGGAAACGAUAAGAGUCUGAUAUAUGUUGCCGAAGUCUCCAACAGAACAUUCCUGCAUGGCUCAACUGCAGACUUUAAUAUAACCCGACUUGCUGGCGAUUGGGACCGGUCUCCGCUCCAGGUAGGCUGGAGUUUGGACUCGGAGUGGAUUUACGCAGGUGCACCAGACCGAGGGGCAGGAGUUAUAUUUGCCCUGCCUAUCACCGCGAACGAAUCGUAUGAGCCCUAUAACCUUACGUACGGCAGCACAGUGCUUGGAGCGUACGCACUACCGAACAACACUUUGCUUAUCACCGACACCAAAUUCUGGACUCCGUGCGAUAUUUAUAGCGUGAGAUUUGAUGCCAAAGCAGUCAAACAUACCUACUUUAGAGCAAAUGAGGCAGACCCGAUCCUUUCUGCCGCAGGUUUGAACUCAUCAAUCGCCUCGGAAUUCUACUACACCACGAACACCUCGGAAACCCAGCAACAGGCUUGGGUGGUCUAUCCUAGGAACUUUGACCCCUCCAAGAAAUAUCCACUGGCGCUCAUCAGCCAUGGUGGCCCGGAGGCUGCCAGUUUCAACAUGUGGGGUUUUGAAGGACAGUUUAACUUCAAGGUCUGGGCAGAUCAGGGGUAUGUCGUUGUUGCGCCCAACCCAACCGGAAGUUGGGGAUGGGGUCAGAAUUUGACCGACGCCGCUUACGGGACUUGGGGCUCGUACAUAUUCUGGGAUAUCAUCAAUUGCUGGCAAUAUGUCAAGGACAACUUGCCGUUUGUCGAUGUGGAGAACGGCAUCCAUGCUGGCGCCAGCUUUGGGGGCUAUAUGUCCAAUUGGAUCCAAGGACAAGAGUUCGGUCGCAGAUUCAAAGCCUUGGUCACACAUCAGGGAGCCACUCUUACACAAGCACAGGGCGCGACAGAUCAGCUUGACUUCCCGUUCAAUGACUUCCUGGGACCCUUAAACUCAACCGCCUUCAAGCCAGGAAACCCAUACUAUGACUUUAACCCGCUCCUAUACGUUGAAAACUGGGCGACGCCGCAUUUCGUCGUUCACAGCUCGCUAGACUACAGGCUGGCCGAGGCCGAGGGCAUCAUGCUCUUCAACCUCCUGCAGCAGAAUGGAGUGCCCAGCAAGUUGCUCAAUUUUCCUGAUGAGGGCCACAUCAUUGAAAACCCAGCCAAUCAAAUGGUGUGGUACAACGAGAUAUUUGACUUUAUAAAUCACUACAGUGGCGCGGGGAAGCAGAGCCCGGGGCCAUACUGA